GCUACGACAAUGACGUUUUGUUGAUUAUUUGGCGGAGCGCCACUGUGGCUGAUGCGCUAACGCCAAGGGGGUAUGGUCGCGGCCAGGCUUCUCCAGUCUGCGUUCGUUCAUCUUCCAUCAACAGCUAUAGACACGUUGCUGAUGCGUUCGUGCCGCAGCUGUCUGGGGAUCCAUGCCAUGAGAAUUGAUUCCUAUCGUUGGUGUGACCAACAAAACUGCACGUGUCGCUUGCAUCCACUAAGUUUGAAUCAUAUAAACUACUAGGAUCCAAAUGGCAAUGCAUGCUCAUGAAUAGAUGGAAGAAUAGUGCUCGUCUUCCUCGAGCUAACCUC